AUGAUCCGAUCCAAUGUCAGCGCCUGGGUAGCAUGGAGGCAGAAAAAAGAAAAACAAGUUGUUAGUCCAUCAGCUUUGACACCUUCAUCUGCAGCAACAGGUCUGCAGCUGCCCUCCUCUGGAGUGCGGGUUGCAGCUGUAAAAGCAAUAGGUGCAAUAGUUACUGCAGGGAAUGCUAAAUGUUUUGAGCUUUCUAUAACACCAAUGGCAGAAAAACUAUUUGAUGAAAACACUCAAGUUCGAAUGCAGGUUACUUUGGAGGUUGGUAACUGGAUGCUGAAUUAUAGAGACCGAUAUUCUUUCUGGCAUCGUAUGAUACCACUGUUACUUACAAGCUUAAGUGAUGUUAUGGCGGAUAUAAGAGAAACUGCCACAAAACUUUGGGAUGACAUCGGCCUCCAAUAUAUAGAAGAGAAUGAGGAAGAUUUGAAAAAGAAGUUGGAUUUCCUGCAGGAUGUGCCAUCUCACUAUCCUGAUGUGAAACGCCCAAACUUUGGGUGCAGGGUCUUAGUACAAAGUAACAUUGGCAAAAUCGUACCAGCAAUUGGAAGAGAGAUGGAUGGUUGGCAAACGGAUGCUCGGCUCAGGGUUGCGCAGCUGCUGUGCUGGUUGCUGCUCUGCGCCGAAGAGGGCUCCACCCAGCACGCCAACACCGUUGCCAAGAUCCUGCAGAGGGGCGCGGGGGACGAAGAUGCGAGAGUAGUCGUUGAGAUAAAACGGGCUUCGGAGCUGUUCGGUUACUUCAUCAGCCCCGAGACCUGGUGGCCGCUCUUCGAAGCCGACGUGGACUCGUGGCCCGCCCUAAUGGUCGUUGCUAACAUCCUGAAAGGCUCCAGGGCCGAGUUGGUGACGGGGAAGGUUAUGCAGGAGCUGUGCAAGGAGUUGGCCGAUCCCGAUAGGUGCAGAGUUAGGAAGAUUAAAUAUCAGACUAAUCUUAUCCACGUGACCGAGGCUCUUAUGAAUCUCUGUGGCGAAGAAUGCGUUUCGGUGGCGGACGAGUUGUUUAUAAUUAACUUCACAGUCUACUCAAUGCCGGUCGACGAGAAGAUACAGUUCAUGGCUCUGUCGAACCUCGACAAACUCCGCCAUAUAGAGCAGUGUGGUCGCACGCUGACCAGCCUGUACGAGCGUCACGUCGGACGCGUGCUGGCCGCCAUCACUAGCGACGCCGUCACUUGGACUCUGCUCACGCCCGACAGGUGCUUGCUUGAGUGUGUGCUUCUGCACGCGGGACACGCUAUGGGCAGUCAGUUGCACCUGAUUGCUCCACUGCUGAGGGAGUGCCUGGCAACACCGAAGGUCGACCCAGAUGUCAAACUGAAAGUGUUCACGGCCCUCUCGACAGUGCUGUUGAAGCGGGAAGACAACUUCAGCAAAUGCGAAAUGGACAAACUUGAGGCUUUCCUCAAAGUAGUUAUCGAUGACGUGAUAAUACCGAACCUGGUAUGGGCGCCUGGUAGGACCGCCGAGGCGAUCCGCACCGCCGCCGUGGCGUGUCUAUGCUCGGCCCUCCAAGAAGGGGACGUAACCGACGAAGGUGCGGACGGGGACAGUGACGCGAAGAGAGUGGACCUGUUCCCCACCAAGGAGUCUCUGGAGCCGUUCCUGGAGCGCAUGGUCCCGUUGCUCGCGGGCCUGGCGGACGACAACUCCGUGCUGACGCGUCAGCACACGAUGCGCGCAAUACGCUGCCUGUCCGCCGUCGCGGCGCGGCACGAGCGCUUCACCGCCGAAAUGCUACACAAGUUGUACUUCGUGGUGCUGAAGCGUCUGGACGACAGCAGCGACAAGGUGCGCUCGUUUGCCGUGCAGACCGUACGCGAUCUGUUCCUGAGACGCCCGCGUCUCUACGAGGUUGCCGUGUUCGGUGCACACGUGGACGCUGUGUACAGCGCGAUGCUCAUACACCUGGACGAUCCCGACGAGGCGUUCCGCAAGGAGGUGCUCGAUGCCCUUCUAGCUCUCAGCGAGAUUGACCCAGAACUACUUUUCAAGAAAGUUAAGUCAAAUAUUCACCUUUAUAGAAACAAAGUCGCUUACGAGCGGCUUUCUAGUCACAUUGAGAAGAUGUUAAAG